AACUGCAACGGAGAGGGGCACAGAAUGGAGACGGGAGCGAGGGAGCCCCCUAGAGACCAGGGAAAGGGAGAGGACUGGCCAGCUGGUGGUGAUGGGGGCGGAGAGCGGGAGAGCCUCCAGGUGCGAGCUGUUCUCCACCUUCCGGGCCUGGAGGGCAGUCUGGGUGGCGAGUGCCAACUCCUGUCGCCCAAGUGGCAGAGGGGCGAGAGGGGCUCGGGGGGUGGGGAGCCCGGGAGGAAGGCCGCGUUCCUUUGAAAAGUCGUUUCCAAGGGCGGAAUCCUCCCUUCUUAGCAGCCGGGCUGGGGCGGAGGAAGCGUCACCCCACCCAGGCCCCAGCUCCGGGUUUCAGGCCCGGGGCCGACACCGCAGAUCGUGGCCCGCACGAGAGCGCAGCCCCACAGCUUCGGCGGCGGGGUGUCUCGGGGUCGGGGUACCAGAUGUUUUUGUGGCUCUGCCCAAGGCUGCCAGAACACUGACGUGGAGCAACCCACUCCAGAAGCCCCAUGGAGAAGUUUGGGAUGAAUUUCGGGGGCGGCCCAAGCAAAAAGGACCUGCUGGAGACUAUAGAGACUCAGAAGAAGCAGCUUCUCCAGUACCAGGCAAGGCUCAAGGAUGUGGUCCGGGCCUAUAAAAGUCUGCUGAAGGAGAAAGAGGCUCUGGAGGCGAGCAUCAAAGUACUGUCAGUGUCCCACGAGGCGGAUGUAGGCCUUGCAAGUGUGCAGUCUCCAGGUCUCACGUUCCCUGACUCUGUGGAUGAUCGUUGCUCCACUCACAGUGAGGAUAGCACCGGAACUGCCGCUAGCUUGGAUACUGCAGCGAGCCUUACGAGUAUCAAGGGUGAGUUUGGGGUUGAAGAUGACAGAAUGGCCCGUGGACCACUUCCUCCAAAGUCCGAAGAGGCCAGUGGGUCAGAGAGUGGCGUUAGUAGUAGCAGUGGGGAUGGACCGUCUGCGGGUAGUGACAUGGACAAAAGACUACAUCAGUUGAAAACUCAGUUGGCUACUUUGACUAGCUCCUUGGCUACAGUCACCCAGGAGAAGUCCCGUAUGGAGGCGUCUUACCUGGCAGACAAAAAGAAGAUGAAGCAAGAUCUAGAGGAUGCCAGUAAAAAGGCAGAGGAAGAGAAGGACCGUCUGGAGGGAGAGUUGAAGGGGCUGCAGGAGCAGAUAGCAGAAACCAAAGCCCGACUCAUCACACAGCAGCAUGAUCGUGCCCAGGAGCAGAGUGACCAUGCCGUGAUGCUUCGGGAGCUGCAGAAGCUGUUGCAGGAGGAAAGGACCCAGCGCCAGGACCUGGAACUUCGGUUAGAAGAGACCAGAGAAGCCCUGGCAGGGCGGGCAUAUGCGGCUGAUCAGAUAGAAGGGUUUGAACAGCAGACCAAGCAGCUGACCCGUGAGGUAGAGGAGUUGAAAGGUGAGCUGCAAGCCGUUCGAGAUGAAAAGAACCGUCCAGACCCGAGGCUGCAAGAGCUUCAGCAAGAGGCUGUCCAUCUUAAAAGCCAUUUCCAGGCCCAACUGCAGCAAGAAAUGAGGAAGACAGCCCUUGCGGAGGACCAGCUUCGCCAGCAGCGUCAGGUAGAAGAGCAAAGAGUGGCAGCCCUGGAGAAUCAAAUCUCUGAGGUGUCUGAACUGCUGGGCACCUACGAGAAAGCCAAGCAGAAAGACCAGCUGGCCAUCCAGAAGCUGAAGGAGCGGAUUCUGCAGCUGGACCUGGAGAACAAAACACUGGCCCUGGCAGCCUCUGGCCGGUCCUCUCUGGACAGCCACGGGGACGAAUCCAAUCUGGAUAUCAAUGUCUUGAAGGAUAAGAUGGAGAAGCUCAAGAGGCUACUGCAGGUUGCAGCUAGGAAAAGCCAGGUGACCCUGGAUGUGGAGAAGCUCUGUGACCCUGAGAUAAUGCCCAGCUCUGAGGCCGCUGAUGGGGAAAAGGCUACGGUGCUCUACUACCAACAGGAGCUGAAGCAGCUGAAGGAAGAGUUUGAGCGCUACAAGAUGAGAGCCCAGGUCGUGCUCAAGAGCAAGAAUACCAAAGAUGGGAGCCUGGCGAAGGAGCUGGAGGCUGCCCAGGAACAGCUGGCUGAGCUGAAGGAGAAGUAUAUCUCCCUGCGGCUGUCCUGUGAGGAGCUUGAAAGCCAGCGCCAGCAGGAGGCCGAGGACUGGAAGCAGGAGCUGGCCCGGCUGCAGCAGCACCAUCGGCAGGAGCUGGAACAUAGCCAGCUGGACUUCAGGGACCGCACACUGAAACUGGAGGAAGAGCUGCAUAAGCAGCGGGACCGGGCCCUGGCUGUGCUUGCUGAGAAGGACUUGGAGCUGGAGCAGCUGCGCUCCAUGGCCCUGUCCUCCGGGUUGCCGGGGCGCAGGAGCCCUGUGGGUGGGGUGGGUGGUGGGGCUCUUGGGGACCCUGCUGACGUAGCUUCCCCCGAUAGCCUGACCCAAGCCCUGCAGCUCGCUGCAGCCAGCGAGCCCACUUUCUUCCUUUACGCUGAGCAGUUGGCCCGAAAGGAGGUGGAGAUCACCUCACUGAGGAAGCAAAAGCACGGGCUGGAGGUGAAGGCCCACCAGCUGCAGGAAAGGCUGCUGGAGGAGGGCGAGCGGCACCGGGAGGAGGUUGGGGCCCUUCAGAGCCACAUUGAAAAGAACACCAGGGACCAGAGCCGGGAAGGAGCCAACCUGGAGUAUCUCAAAAACAUCAUCUACCGCUUCCUGACCUUGCCAGACAGCCUGGGCCGCCAGCAGACGCUCACGGCCAUCCUGACUAUCUUACACUUCAGUCCCGAGGAGAAGCAAGUGAUAAUGCGGCUCCCAAGUGCUGGGAGCUGGUGGCCUUCCGGCAAGAGAUGAUGCCUUUUCCCACCUCCUGAAA